GGGCCGGAAGUCACGUGCUAUGACAGCCGCCGGGGUGAGGCCGCCGUUGUAGCUCAGGCUGGUUGGGGCUGUGACUGUGGGAGGCGCCGGUGCGAUGGCGGUAGAGACGCUGUCCCCGGACUGGGAGUUCGACCGCGUUGACGACGGCUCACAGAAAAUUCAUGCUGAAGUCCAACUUAAGAAUUAUGGAAAAUUUCUUGAGGAGUAUACCUCUCAGUUGAGAAGAAUUGAGGAUGCACUGGAUGAUUCAAUUGGAGAUGUUUGGGAUUUCAAUCUUGAUCCCAUAGCAUUAAAGCUUUUGCCUUAUGAACAGUCUUCUCUUUUGGAACUCAUAAAAACUGAAAAUAAGGUCUUAAACAAAGUCAUCACUGUUUAUGCCGCACUUUGUUGUGAAAUCAAGAAAUUAAAAUAUGAGGCUGAAACUAAAUUUUAUAAUGGUCUCUUGUUUUAUGGAGAAGGAGCUACAGAUUCUAGCAUGGUGGAAGGUGAUUGCCAAAUUCAAAUGGGGAGAUUUAUUUCAUUCUUACAGGAACUGUCUUGUUUUGUUACGAGGUGCUAUGAAGUGGUGAUGAAUGUAGUCCAUCAGUUGGCUGCCCUCUAUAUCAGUAACAAGAUUGCACCCAAAAUUAUAGAGACAACUGGAGUUCAUUUUCAGACUAUGUAUGAGCACCUGGGAGAGCUGCUAACAAUUUUGCUUACCCUGGAUGAAAUUAUUGAUAAUCAUAUCACACUGAAAGACCACUGGACUAUGUACAAAAGGUUACUGAAAUCUGUCCAUCACAAUCCUUCAAAAUUUGGAAUUCAAGAAGAAAAACUAAAGCCAUUUGAAAAGUUCUUGCUGAAACUAGAAGGGCAGUUACUUGAUGGAAUGAUAUUUCAGGCCUGUAUAGAACAGCAGUUUGAUUCUCUCAAUGGAGGAAUAUCUGUGUCAAAAAAUAGCACUUUUGCUGAAGAAUUUGCACAUAGUAUUCGCUCAAUUUUUGCAAAUGUAGAAGCUAAACUUGGGGAACCUUCUGAAAUUGACCAGAGCAAGUAUGUUGGAAUUUGUGGACUCUUUGUACUGCACUUUCAGAUUUUUCGAACUGUUGAUAAAAAGUUUUAUAAGUCUUUAUUGGACAUCUGUAAGAAGGUACCAGCCAUCACUCUAACCGCUAAUAUUAUUUGGUUUCCUGAUAAUUUCUUGAUCCAGAAAAUACCAGCAGCUGCCAAAAUGUUAGACAAAAAAAGUCUUCAAGCCAUUAAAGCAUACAGAGAUACUUUCCUACAGCAGAAAGCUCAAUCUCUUACCAAAGAUGUACAGUCUUACUACGUCUUUGUGAGCUCAUGGAUGAUGAAAAUGGAAUCUAUUUUAUCUAAAGAGCAGAGAAUGGAUAAAUUUGCUGAAGACCUCACCAAUAGAUGUAAUGUUUUUAUACAGGGCUUUUUAUAUGCAUAUAGUAUUAGUACCAUUAUUAAAACUACAAUGAAUCUCUACAUGUCCAUGCAAAAGCCAAUGACCAAAACCUCCGUUAAGGCAUUAUGCAGGCUUGUUGAACUUCUCAAGGCAAUAGAGCAUAUGUUCUACAGGAGAAGUAUGGUUGUGGCUGAUUCAGUCUCACAUAUAACACAGCACCUUCAACAUCAGGCUCUUAAUUCUAUUUCUGUGGCCAAGAAAAGAGUAAUUUCUGACAAAAAAUAUAGUGAACAGCGUCUUGAUGUGCUUUCUGCUCUAGUUUUGGCUGAAAACACUCUAAAUGGACCAAGCACAAAGCAGCGACGACUUAUUGUUUCUUUGGCACUAAGUGUUGGCACACAGAUGAAAACAUUUAAAGACGAAGAACUCUUUCCACUUCAGGUGGUCUUAAAAAAGCUGGAUCUUAUCAGUGAACUUAGAGAAAGAGUCCAAACACAAUGUGACUGUUGUUUUUUAUACUGGCAUCGAGCUGUCUUCCCAAUUUAUUUAGAUGAUGUAUAUGAAAAUGCUGUUGAUGCAGCCAGAUUACAUUACAUGUUCAGUGCUUUACGUGACUGUGUACCAGCUAUGAUGAAUGCAAGGCAUUUAGAGUCUUAUGAAAUACUUCUGGAUUGCUAUGACAAGGAAAUUAUGGAAAUUUUAAAUGAGCAUUUGCUGGACAAGUUGUGCAAAGAAAUAGAGAAGGACCUGCGACUUUCUGUGCAUACGCAUUUAAAGUUGGAUGACAGAAACCCUUUCAAAGUUGGCAUGAAAGACCUGGCUCUUUUUUUCUCUCUGAAUCCAAUUCGGUUUUUCAACCGUUUCAUUGACAUUCGAGCUUAUGUAACUCACUACCUAGACAAGACUUUUUACAAUCUAACAACCGUAGCUCUUCAUGACUGGGCCACUUAUAGUGAAAUGAGAAAUUUAGCUACUCAGCGUUAUGGAUUGGUUAUGACAGAGGCACAUCUUCCUAGUCAGACUUUGGAACAGGGCCUGGAUGUCUUGGAAAUUAUGAGAAACAUUCAUAUAUUUGUGUCUCGAUAUCUCUAUAAUCUCAAUAAUCAAAUUUUUAUUGAACGAACAAGCAACAACAAACAUUUGAACACUAUUAACAUUCGGCAUAUUGCUAACUCAAUUCGAACACAUGGCACAGGAAUCAUGAAUACAACAGUUAAUUUCACCUACCAGUUUUUGAAAAAGAAGUUCUAUAUAUUUAGCCAAUUUAUGUAUGAUGAACAUAUCAAAUCCAGAUUGAUUAAAGAUAUUCGUUUUUUCCGGGAAAUCAAGGACCAAAAUGAUCAUAAGUAUCCUUUUGAAAGAGCAGAAAAAUUCAAUCGCGGUAUCAGAAAACUUGGAAUAACCCCAGAGGGACAAAGCUACCUUGAUCAGUUCAGGCAACUCAUCAGCCAGAUUGGUAAUGCUAUGGGCUAUGUACGAAUGAUAAGAUCUGGUGGCCUUCAUUGUAGCAGCAAUGCCAUUAGAUUUGUACCUGAUCUUGAAGAUAUUGUAAAUUUUGAAGAACUAGUAAAAGAAGAAGGUCUUGCAGAAGAAACAUUAAAAGCAGCAAGGCAUUUGGAUUCAGUCCUCAGUGAUCACACGCGAAAUUCUGCUGAAGGCACAGAGUAUUUCAAAAUGCUUGUAGAUGUUUUUGCUCCAGAAUUUCGCAGGCCAAAGAAUAUACAUCUCCGAAAUUUUUAUAUCAUUGUUCCCCCUCUGACACUCAACUUUGUAGAGCAUUCCAUUAGUUGCAAGGAGAAAUUGAAUAAAAAAAAUAAAAUUGGAGCUGCCUUUACUGAUGAUGGUUUUGCCAUGGGAGUGGCUUACAUUCUAAAACUUUUGGAUCAGUACCAGGAAUUUGACUCACUUCACUGGUUCCAGUCUGUUAGAGAGAAGUAUCUAAAGGAGAUAAGAGCAGUUGCUAAACAACAGAAUGUGCAGUCCACUAGUCAGGAUGAGAAACUCCUCCAAACCAUGAAUCUCACUCAGAAGCGACUGGAUGUUUAUUUACAGGAAUUUGAAUUGCUCUAUUUCUCACUGAGCAGUGCAAGAAUUUUCUUCAGAGCGGACAAGACUGCAGCUGAAGAAAACCAAGAAAAGAAAGAGAAGGAAGAGGAGACUAAAGCAAGCAAUGGAGACUUGUCCGACAGCACAGUGUCUGCAGAUCCUGUUGUCAAAUGAUAUUGACGGUAUGCCUUGCCCCUGUGAAAUCAUCAGAAUUCUGUGUGCAAUGGAUGUUAAUAAGCUAAUGAUGAAGUAUUUCCUGAGCCACAUCUCUGGGGAACAUUUAGAUGCUGCAACUCUCUACAGCAGCGCUCUAAAGUUAUGUCCAUCCUUCUUCCGAAGGCUCUGCUGCCACUCAGAUCUCUUGUAAUCAACAUGAAUGUUUAUAAUUUGUAUUUGCAUAGGUCUUUGAUACAUAUUUGUCUCAGUCAUUGGAAAUUCAAUGCAUAUACUAUGUACAGCCAGUAAAUAUGUUUCAGCAAAAGGAACUGAGCCUGAAAUUCAUGAAGCAGACAUGUCACUAUUCUUAUAAAAGGGAUAUAUGAAGAUGGUUUUGAUAUCAGAGGUGAGACACAAGUGUUACGUGCCCUUUAUGUACAGUAUGAACUGAUUCAUCGUUACUUUCAGGUGUCUCGCUAGAGCUGCUCCUGUCUUUGGUGAGAUAUUUUGUAAUUAGUUUACACUGCUUUGAGAACAUUUAACCUCCAACAGCUGCUUUAAAUUUCAGAUUUACUUAUUACUCAAGGUGGAGGAAAAUACAGAUAAAGCCAUAGAGUCCUGCUUGAAGCUUCCCUUUUGGUUGAAGGCGCUAUGUAUGAGAUCAGAGAACACUGAGUGACUUCUUACUUCUCCAUCCAGACUCAGGUUUCUUUGACAUUAGGUUGAAUUGAAAUCUUGGUGGUGGUUUGGGCAGACUGUUUCUUUAAAUCAAGUAGAAUCGAAGAAAUCAGAUUAAGCACUGUGUAGGCUUUUAAAAAUUACCACUGUGAGAAUAAAGUUCUAAUAACUUAUUUAGACUGAUUUAAAAAGUACAGAAAGAUUUUGAGUAAAUUUAGUUCCUGGCAAGCUCUUAACUUUAUUUUUGUAAAGAUUAUGUCAGUUAAUAGUUAAAUGGUUAAUCAUGGCCUGUAAUCUUUUAAUGUAUUACAGUGAUACCUUUACAGGAAAACAAAAAGUUUAAAACUUGACAUGUAAUUCUAACAUCAUUUUAGGAAAUUUUUAAUUUUUUUCCAUUGCACUUGCCUCUUAAGCAUGUCUUUGGGUAAAUCCCGCAAGUAAUUCUAACAUUGUUGUUUGAUUUCCAGCUUUUGAAAUGUUGUGCAGCGCCCUGUCUGCUCACUGAUCAUGGUCAGGGUGAUUUUCCCAGCUCAAGCUACACGUUCACUCUUAACAUUUAUAAGGCACAGAAUAGGUAGGAAUGUUUUUAUUAUGUAAACAUGACUUACAAAAUUAUGUACAAUGGAUGGAUUAAAGGUAUUUAAUAUUUGUAAUUCAUACUAACUGUAGAAAUGGCCCUAAAGCAUGCUGCGUAAUUAAUUUAUAUCUCCAUUAUUGUAAACGUUUCAUGAUCUUGCAUUUGACUUUAUCAAAUUCAUCACCAUUUCAUAGCAACAGUAUAGUCUUUUCUCUUUUUCCUCUCUAACUUCCCUAAAAUCAUCUCCUAUCUAAUAGGGAUAGAAACUGUCACUAGAAGAGAAUCAGUUCCCGUUGUGGUUCAGUGGUUAACGAAUCUGACUAGAAUCCAUAAGGACGCAGGUUCGAUCCCUUACCUCACUUAGUGGGUUAAGGAUCCAGCAUUGCCAUGAGCUGUGGUGUAGGUUGCAGAUGCGGCUCGGAUCCCGCAUUGCUGUGGCUGUAGCGUAGGCUGGCAGCUACAGCUCUGAUUCAACCCCUAGCCUAGGAACUUCUGUAUGUCGCGGGAGCAGCCCUAAAAUGCAAAAAAAAAAAAAAAAAAAAAAAAAAAGAGAAUCAGAUGUCUCUAUUAUUAUCCCCACACAGAUCAAUUAUUUAUUAAUAGAAUUCAGUAGAGUUCACAUGCUGACUCCAUGGAUACUUACAAUUGAGGAAAAUGUGACAGAUUAUUAAUUUAUCUUUAGUUCAAAAUAAUGUCAUUGCAGUCUGGAUAAGUUAUAAUAAGUUCACUUAUUUGAAAUAAAAUCUCUGAAAAGACUUAAGCAUAUUUAAAUGCUAUUAAGGUGCAAAGCAAUAGGGCUUCAGUGUUUUCACACCUAAAUUCAUAUAUUUAGAUGACUGUUUUCCUUGCCAGUGUGUUAAUGUUAAUAUUUUCAUUUUUUUUCAGACAUACUACAGUGUAAAAUCAGUGUGAGCAUUUGUGUAAAUUCAUAAAAAACUUAAUGUUCAAAUUCUCAGGAAUUAAGGACUAACCAUAACAUUGUCAGUUCUAGUUAAAUUUUAUAAAAGACGGCAAGUUUUUUACUUCCCUUGAGUGGGGCUUUCCUCUCCCCCAAUUCUAAGACAAUACAGUAUGUAUAAUAAAAAACAUUAAUAAAUAUAAUUUCAAAAAUGUA